AUGUCUCGAUUCGUCUCUGUCUUCAAGCUUGCUGAAAUAUGCCAGCACUCGGACCCGACGUUACUCUCGAUAGUUGACAGCGCCGAUGUGAGUUUAUACUUUUUAUCGAAGCUCGACGAGAGCAGGAGAUGGAUUUGUACCUUCCAGAGCGCUUCACUUUUUGUCUACGCCACUUCGGCCCGCUGCCGUUACAGAUUCGCAAUUCUCAACAGAAACAUAAAUUACAUACCUUCAAUUGACAGAGUAAUCAACAACGAUAUUGUCUGGGAAGAUGUCUCAAGCAAACUAAAAAUAAGCGCCGAAAAUAUUGAGCACACUGGCUUUUUCAGCUACGAAUCAGAAAGAGCUAAUCAGACGGAUCGUGGGAUGGCCUUUGCGAAGAAAACUGAUUGCCAAAGAAUCUACUCUCUCAUUCUCAGACUAAAAUACAUCGUCAGCCCGGGCCCGAUACUUUCAUUUCCUAAUCGCCAUGAGAACAGAACGAGCAGGGAAGAUCACGAAAUGAGAGCAGUCCGCGAACUCUGUGAGAAGAAAGAGAAAUCACAGAGUACAACAUUCCGUGAGAGCAGAUAUUCAAAAGAUAAAGAGACGACGAAGAAGAAGCAACUGCGUCCCAGCUCGCCCGUCCAUCGAAAACCAAGUCCACAGCGUAAACAAAAAGAAAACCGGGGCGGGAACUAUCCUCUUCACAAACUAGUCAGCACGGGGUCGAAAAACAGGACCAACUCGAAGGAAUCAUUUCAAUCCGACAGCGAGAGCGAGACAGAGCCUCAAGCCAAAAUCGAACAAAAAAGCAACUUUGAAAAAAGUGAACCUAAAAAUGAUGACAGCGCGAGAAUACAGUUCGCCAAUCUCCUCCAAAAGCUCAACAAGGGAGUUGAUAAAAAAAGAAAGAUGAACGAAACAACGAAGAUUCCAGACCUGAAAGACUCUGGUAUUGAAAUCCUCGUUAUCCUCCAAAAAGGACUCAUUCGACAGGACUCCUUCUUCGAGGUCUCAAAAUCCCCAGAAAUGCUAUUCUCGUCUGAUCGAAAAUCGCCAGUCAUCGAUAUCGAAUCUCUCCCUAUCCCUUCCAUAGAUGAAAACAACAACAUCGGGAGACAACAGUGCACCUCCUGCCGCUCCAAAAACAAUAGCCCAAGCGACUUGCUUCUCCGAGGGCCUCUCGAGCACGACGUCAUCCCUGAAGUCGACGAAAGCUCAUUGACUUCUUCUGAUGAUGGCUCCGAAAUCUUCAACAGUAUAUUCUCCCAGUCCGAGCUAAAGUUCACGACGGAUACAUCCUUGCGUGAGAAGAUACGAAAAGUAUUCUCGACCGAGUCAGAAGAAUCGUCGGACGAGUCUGUCAAGUCUGAUUUUUUGGAGGACGAGAGACUUUACAAGUUUUCUGGCUCAAAAUCAAUGACGGACUUGUCUCUCAGGAGCUCAGAAUACUAUGAAGCUGAUGGGAGCUUGUCAUGUGACGAAUUAAUCGACAAAGAGGUGGCCGUCCCCUCCUACGAUGAAUUCCUUGGGGUUCUAGGGGACUCCCUGAAGACGGAAGCGUUUUACCGAAAGUUUAGAAAUGAAUUUCUAGUCAACAGUUUGUUAACCGGAAGAAGAUUGUAUCUGUGA